GGUGUAGAACAAAAUCUAGACAAAAAUUGCACAGGUUCUCUUUAUUAUCCAAAACAACGUUUCUGUCUGCAGUAUGCGUUAAAAUACAUCAGGACACCAUUUUUCAUCUUAAACUCAGCAUAUGAUGUGUACCAAUUCCAUCACAUAUUGGUGCCACCUUCUGCUGAUUUGAGUGGGCAUUGGAAUCAUUGUAGGCUUAAUCCAGCGGCAUGUAAUACAAACCAGACAAAUAUCUUGCAAGGGUUCCGGAAAGAUAUGCUUGCAGCUUUGAGUUUAUUUUUUAAAUACUCAAAAAGAGGAGGGAUGUUCAUAAACUCAUGUUUUGCGCAUUGCCAAAGUGAGUCACAAGAUACAUGGCUAACAUCAGACUCCCCUAGAGUGCACAAUAAGACCAUUGCAGAAGCAGUAGGCGAUUGGUACUUUGGAAGAAGGGUGACCAAGGAAAUUGACUGUGCAUAUCCUUGUGAUUCUACCUGCCAUAACUUGAUAGGCUGAAACUGUAAGGUUCAGUUCAGG